CACGACCAAACAUCAAACACUGAAAACAAACCGUAAAACAUACACACUCCCACAUCGAACAUCGGAAGGACGAAACGGUCGUGAAAACUCGGUAGUGUGGAAAAUGAAUUGGACCCGUAAUCGAAUCAAUUAUGUAUAGAGUUGCAUUGCUGCUUCCGGUGUUGCUGCUAUUGCAGCUACCAUCAUCCGUCGCGCCUGCACUGGCCGUCCAUGAAUUAUCGUUCCUGGUGUUAAGUCAACCGGCCCGGUUCAAUGCAGCACGGGCCCGGCAUCUGAAGCGAAGCAUCGUCGAGCAGAUAAGAGAACUGGAUCAGGAAAUUGCACCGAACCGGCCGGAUAGCGUGUUUCUCACGCACGAACUGUUCCCCGAGCAGGAGGGUGCAUGGGCGAUUACACCGAUCCUUGGCCACAUCCGGGCGGCCAUCCUGAAGUCGACGCACCGGACCGCCCGCUGGUUGAUCGUGUGCGAGGAGCAAAGCCACGUCAACGUGAGUCUAUUAGCGCACCAUUUGGCCAGCGAGGAUUACCGGGAGAAGCUAUUCCUCGGGUACCCGCUGUACGAUCGGGAGGCAACCAUAAUUCAUCAUUUCGCAUUUUUUAAAAAUCCCUCCAGCUUUCUCUAUCCCUAUCUGCGGGCCGGUAUCGCACUCACCGUGCCGUUGGUCGAUCACCUGGUUCAGCUGAUAGCGGACGGUGCCGCCCGUCCGGCACUGUCCGAUUUCUUCAUCGAUGUGGCCCACGAAUUUGCGCUGGCCGUGUGGCAGCAUGGUCAGGGAUAUCCGUUGCAGCCGCGUCGCUACUUUUGCGCCAAAGCGCUACCGAGCUGUGCGAUUCAUGGUGCCGGAUUGGACGCUUCCGGGACAGGAAAUGCUGCAGACCGUAUGGGGAAAGACAGCCUCAGCUGUACGGAUAACCCUACCGAUGUCGAACAGAUCAUGUUUGCGGUGAAAACAUGUGGCAAGUAUCACAAGGAUCGUGUUCCUGCGUUGAAAAACACUUGGACCAAGUACGUGCAGCAUCUGCGGUACUUCAGCGAUGUUGAUGAUCCAUCGAUCCCGACCGUUGCUACAUCCGUGCCCAACUCCAGUGCGGGACACUGUGCCAAGACGUUAGAGAUUUUACAGCUGAUCGGUGAUGAAAUUCGGUACAAUGGAAGCCUCCAGGCCGUCCGGUGGGUAAUGCUAGUGGACGAUGAUACGAUCCUCAGUUCGGCCUCGUUGGCGCGGUUUCUGAGCUGUUACGACGCGAACCGUGAUUUGUACCUUGGCGAACGGUACGGCUACCAUCUGAUGGGUCCGGACGGUGGUUACAGCUACGUGACCGGUGGCGGUGGCAUAGUGCUGAGCGUGGCCAUUCUCGACGCACUGCAGCAAACGUGCGAGUGCCCAUCGGCAUCCUCGCCGGACGAUAUGAUACUGGCGGCCUGCCUGCAGCGACUCGGCAUCCGACCGAUCCAUUCGGCCCUGUUCCAUCAGGCCCGUCCAUCGGACUACGCACCGGAGCUGCUCGACCGGCGGGAUACGGUGUCGUUCCACAAGCACUGGCAGAUCGAUCCGCAGCAGGUGUACAACAGGUGGUUCCGCCAGCAGGACGAACACCAGCAUCAUACCGAUUCGUGCUGGUCCCGCUUGCCGACCGUGUCCGAGGCUAUGUGCAAACACGCGAACAGUGUCCAGUUCAGUCUGCGGCACAAAGAUCACCAACUCGAACCGUGCCUCCGUCCAACGCGACCCAACGCCAGUGUCCGCAGCGAGCACAGCGCCGUACGUGAGCACCGGCUGGUGGCCACGGACGGCGAGGACGAAAAUAAACGGUCACCUCAACAAUCCAACCAUAAUGACCGUCAUCAACAUCCGGAACGAGUGCUACGGUUGGUAACGCAAGCGACCACCAGCCCUAACGCACCCGCCAACGACCGGAGGUCCGUGCAGGAUGCGAGCACCGUCCAUCCGUUGGCCACGGUUCAACCCCGUUCACCGCAACAACAUAUCGCUCGCAAACAUUUGUGCGAAAGUAAUGAGCUUCAAUCAAACGGCAACCUUUUGCUGAGACGGCAAAACCUCCAAGAGUCGACAAACAUAAUCAAACACACCGAUCUGUAGAAGCAGGCGCUGGGUCCUGGCAGGCCCGGUGGUUCCGGGUUGCGUGGAGGAGAAAUUAAAUGUUGAAAAAGGUUCUCGCCCGCUUCCGGCCGUUCCGGCUGCACCGCGUGACAGUCACGUGCGGUAAGGGGCGUACCGUACUGUAUGUAGAUUUGUAAUGAAAAUGGUAGUUCCAGUCUUUCAGCUACGAGGUUCGCCCCACCACUCGACCUGGGGGUGGGGCGUGGGGCACCCCGUAAUGUGCUUUACAAACAUAAAAAAUAAACACAAAAAAAACACGCAUACACCUGGUGUAAGGAUACCGUAGGACCACAUCAAAGUGGACGUGACUUGCUUAUACGUUGGAAUAAAGAUUAU